CACAUCUACCGCCGCGUGUUCGAUCCCUCCGAUCAUCGACAAGUCCUACGCAGUCAUCUUGCACGAGACAGCCAAGCCGGGAAAGCGCGAAUACACGCGAAACACACGCGCAGACACCCUCGUCCUGAAGCCGUGAGCGAGGACUCCGACGUACCCGGCGCACGAGGCGCAAUUCUCUGCUCACUCUCCACACGCACGCACACUCGACUGAAAGUUCAACAUGAGCGGUACACAGGCGCUCGGUGCCGGCGAUGGCAGCUUGCCGGACGCUAUGAUGCUCGACACACCCGACUACACAGACUCCGAGUCAAACCCCACAGGCACUGCGAACAGUGUAGCUGGUGAUGCAGCACCUGACGGCCGAAAGCGACGAUGGGAGGGCAACACGCUAAGAAAGAGCGUACUCGGCAAGAAGCAUGACCAGCUCGGCGCCAGCAAAGAGGAUGAUUCCAUUCGGAGAUUCAGAUAUCUGCUUGGAUUGACCGAUCUGUUCCGCCACUUCAUCGACACGAACCCGAACCCGAAGAUCCGCGAGAUUAUGGAAGAGAUUGAUCGUCAGGACGCCGAAGAAGCCGCGAGCACAGCAGCAGGCAACAAGCGCAAGGGUGGUGCAGCGAGCGAGAGGCGGCGGCGGACCGAGAAGGAAGAAGAUGCGGAGUUGCUACGACAAGGAAAACAAGAGGGCAGGACCGAGCAGACACUCUUUCGUGAGAGCCCGCAGUUCAUCCAGGGCGGGGAGAUGAGGGACUACCAAGUGGCUGGUCUGAACUGGCUGAUCAGCCUGCACGAGAAUGGUAUCUCUGGUAUUCUCGCCGACGAGAUGGGUCUCGGAAAGACUCUGCAGACUAUCUCUUUCAUCGGAUACUUGCGCUUUCUCAAGGGCAUCACCGGCCCACAUUUGGUGGCUGUCCCGAAAUCGACCCUCGACAACUGGAAGCGCGAGUUUGCCAAGUGGAUUCCCGAGGUCAAUGUUCUUGUGCUUCAGGGCGCAAAGGAAGAGCGAGCGGAGCUCAUCCAGGAGCGCCUCGUCGAUGAGAACUUCGAUGUGUGCAUUACUUCAUACGAGAUGAUUCUCCGCGAAAAGAGCCAUCUCAAGAAGUUUGCAUGGGAAUAUAUCAUCAUUGACGAAGCGCACCGCAUCAAGAACGAGGAGUCUUCCCUUGCCCAGAUCAUCCGCAUCUUCAACUCUCGAAAUCGCCUACUCAUCACCGGCACACCACUUCAGAACAACCUGCACGAGCUGUGGGCUCUGCUCAACUUCCUCCUCCCUGACGUAUUCGGUGAAGCCGAGGCUUUCGACUCGUGGUUCAGCAGCCAGAGCGACGAUCAAGAUACUGUCGUCCAACAACUGCAUCGUGUGUUGCGACCCUUCCUGCUACGUCGUGUCAAGAGCGAUGUCGAGAAGAGCUUGCUACCGAAGAAGGAGAUCAACUUGUACGUCGGCAUGAGCGAGAUGCAGGUCAACUGGUACAGAAAGAUCUUGGAAAAGGACAUCGACGCUGUCAACGGGGCUGCAGGCAAGAAGGAAAGCAAGACUCGACUGCUCAACAUCGUCAUGCAGCUACGCAAGUGCUGUAACCACCCAUACCUCUUCGAUGGCGCCGAGCCUGGUCCACCAUACACAACCGAUGAGCAUCUCGUCGACAACGCCGCAAAGAUGGUCAUGCUGGACAAGCUGCUGAAGCGCAUGCAAGCUCAAGGUAGCCGUGUGCUCAUCUUCUCGCAGAUGUCGCGUGUCUUGGACAUCUUGGAGGACUACUCGGUCAUGCGUGGCUACCAGUACUGCCGUAUUGAUGGUUCUACUGCCCACGAGGACCGUAUUGCGGCGAUCGACGACUACAACAGGGAGGGCUCAGAGAAGUUCCUCUUCCUGCUCACGACUCGUGCGGGUGGUUUGGGUAUCAAUUUGACCUCGGCUGACAUUGUUGUCCUCUUCGACUCGGAUUGGAACCCGCAAGCCGAUCUUCAGGCCAUGGACCGCGCUCAUCGCAUUGGUCAGACCAAGCAAGUACACGUCUUCCGUUUCGUGACCGAGAACGCGAUCGAAGAGAAGGUCCUGGAGCGUGCGGCGCAGAAGCUCCGUCUUGAUCAACUGGUCAUCCAGCAGGGUCGUGCACAACAGCAGGCCAAAGCGGCCGCAUCCAAGGAUGAGCUGCUCGGCAUGAUUCAGCAUGGCGCUGAGGUCAUCUUCGAGCAGAAAGAAGAUGCUUUCAACAAUCCUGGUGGAUUCUCCGACGGUGAUCUCGACGACAUUCUCCGCAAGGGUGAAGAGAAGACUAAGGAGAUGAACAAGAAGUAUGAGACAUUGGGGCUCGACGAUCUGCAAAACUUCAGCUCUGAAGCCGGAGCGGCUUAUGAAUGGAAUGGCGAGUCCUUCGUCACCAAGAAGAAGGAAAUCGGUCUCAACUGGAUCAACCCAGCCAAGCGUGAGCGCAAGGAACAGUCGUACAGCAUGGACAAAUACUACCGCAACGCCCUCGCCACUGGAGGCCCGCGACCUGAUCCGAAGCCCAAAGAGACCGCCUGGUUCAGGAAGGAGAACAAGGUUCCAGCACCACUUGCCGAUGGCGAUGAGGACACCGAGGAACAGCGCAAGCGGGACCAGGAGCUCGAGCAGACUCACAUCGACGAGGCCGAGCCAUUGACCGAGGAGGAGAUCGCCGAGAAGGAGCAGCUCAGCACUUCUGGCUUUGGGGACUGGAACAAGCGCGACUUCCAGCAGUUCAUCAACGGCAGUGCCAAGUACGGACGUAACGAGUUCGUCAGCAUUGCCCUGGAGGUGGACUCAAAGACGCCGCACGAAGUUCGGGAUUACUCGAAGGUGUUUUGGAAGCGCUACAAGGAGAUUCACAACUGGGAGAAGCACAUUCAUGCCAUCAAGGAGGGAGAACAACGCUCUGCGCGUGUGCUUCAGCAGCGUGAACUCCUCAAGAAGAAAAUGGCCAUGUACCGCGUGCCACUGCAGCAGUUGAAGGUGAACUACACGGUCAGCACCACGAACAAGAAGGUCUACACUGAGGAGGAAGACCGAUUCCUUCUGGUCAUGCUCAACAAGUACGGUAUCGAUACUGAGGGCUUGUACGAGAAGAUUCGUGAUGAGAUUCGCGAGAGCCCUCUUUUCCGAUUCGACUGGUUCUUCCUCUCGCGCACGCCGCAGGAAAUCGGUCGUCGCUGCGCUACGUUGAUCACCACCGUCACUCGCGAGAUGGAGGGUGGCGCCAACGGCAAGGAGAACGGCAAGCGUGGUGCUGAUGAGGAAGAAGAGGAAGAGGUCGAGGAGCCGGUCAAGAAGAAGGGUCGCGUCUCGACUGGUGCGAAGAACAAAGCCGUCAACGGCGUCAAAGGCACUCCCAACGGCAACUCUCGGGCUGCUAGCGUCGACACAGUUGGCUCUGGUGGUGGCUCGAAGGCCAAGACGAAGGGUGGUCGCAAGUCGAGGGGUUGA